AUGAACGGCUCAUGCGCUUGUGGCGCCGUCGCGUACACUACGCCUACUACGAAGCCCCUCAUGCUCUUCCACUGCCACUGUAUCGACUGCCGCAAGCAAUCUUCCAGCGCUUUUGGCACAUCGGCAAUCUUUCCUUAUUUCAGUGUUGCCGAUAACCCCUCAGGAGGACACAGCGCUGUUACUUUUGCAAAACUUGUGGCAGCCGAAUCCUCCAUGCUCACAUCGUCCAAGACGGCACUCCCAAAGUCGUUGCCGUCAAAGGUGGACUACUGGAGGGGCUUGAUUGGAGUGGAGCCAUGCACAUAUAUUGCAGGAGCGCUGUCGCGCCGAUUCCUGAGGGCGCAAUGA